CCAUGUACAGGGAACUGGAACUUUGAACAGGAGCUGGGGAAAACGUGGGAGGAGGUUCAGAGCGAAGACGACCGUGAGAUGGUGGACGAUGGAGACGAUGAUUGGUCGGACUGGCAGUCUCAUCCCGUCUCAGCUGUUUGUCUCUUCUGCGAACAUCAGUCAGAAACUAUGGAGCAGAUCUACACACACAUGAAGGAGGCUCAUGGCUUUGAUCUCCACGAGCUGAGGACGGAGCUCAGUCUGCGUUUCUACGACCAGGUGAAGCUGGUGAACUUCCUCCGCCGUCAGCUCCAUCAGAGCCGCUGCUACGGCUGCCAGGAAACGUUCAGCUGCAGACAGGAAGUCCUCCGACACCUGAAGGAGGCGGGACAUGUGAUGCAGCUUCCUCACAAGUCCACCUGGAACCAGCCUCAGUAUUACUUCCCCACGUAUGAGAACGACGCCCUCCUCUGCACGCUGUCUGACGGCGAUGAAGACGAGCGUAACGUCAGCGAAGAUGUCCCGGUGAUCUCAGAGGACGUUUCCAACCUUCGAGCUUUGAAACAGAACUCCGUCCUCAAAUCGAUGCUGAAGAGCCGAGGGUCCUGCAGGUAGAAGACUUCCUGUUCCUGGACGACUCUUCCUCCUCCUCCUCCUCUGUAAAGAAACUCUAAUAAUCAAAGCCAUUCUGCUUCCCUGAACACUUCAAAACUCUAUUUUCAGAAGUGAAGUUCAACCUUUUUCCAGCAGGGGGCGUCACACUCAAAUCCCACAAGAGCUUGCAAAGAAUAUACAAUAGUUGAAUAUUUGCUUUGAAUGAUUUGCCCCAGCCUUCUGCUUUCAGACGUAGUUCAUUAUGAAGUUACCAGAACUGAUAAUAAUCCAAUGCAGAGCCAAUAAUAUA